CGAGGGGAUUUGUGUAAUAUUCUUUAUUCGACGGUGUUUAGGUGAAAAUAUACGAUAGUUGAAAGGAUUUAGGUUUGAGGAAGGAACGCUGUCGUUUUCCUUUGGAGCAAGCACAGUGACAGAAUCGUUCGUCUCUCUAGUCAGUCUCUACUAUCAGAGUUUAGAACCCUAGAAAGUGAAAACCCUUCUCUCCCUGAGCAGAAAUGUCUGGGUUUUGAUCGAUCAAUUCUCGAUGCAGAGAGAGUCUCUGUAGAUCUCAUCACUCUCGAACGAGUUUCCUGUCUCCAAAUGGUAUCCAUGACCUCCAAAAUCCUAAUGAGGCACGCCGUCGCCGGCCGAAUUCCUCUAUGGCGCAGCCUCUGCACGGCCACUUCCGAGAGUCGGACGCAAAAGCUGGAGAGAAUAGCGGAUGAGCUUCUCGACCUCACCAAGUUGGAGAGGUACGAUUACUCGAUCCUCUUCCGGCACAAGAUGGGCCUCAACAAGUACGGACCCGCCAUGUCGGGCCUUGACUCGGCUUCAGCCGGCGGUUCUGCAGCGGGCCCUGGGGCGGACGAAGCCAAAGCCGCCGAGAAGACGGCGUUCGAUAUCAAGCUCGAGAAGUUUGACGCGGCGGCCAAGAUCAAGAUCAUCAAGGAAGUUAGGACUUUUACUGAAUUGGGACUGAAGGAGGCCAAAGACUUGGUCGAGAAGGCUCCGGUGGUGGUCAAAAAGGGCGUUUCCAAGGGGGAGGCCGAUUCGAUCGUCGAGAAGCUCAAGGAGUUGGGCGCUACUGUGGUAUUAGAGUAAUUACUCUUUUUUAACUCACCAAAGGGCAUUGCAUUUUUGAUUGAAUUUUGCCUUUUAUAUUCUGAAUGUAGAACAGCUUCCUUCUUAUAUGAGAGUGACGAUAACAAUAAUUUUAUUUUCCCUAGAAAUUCCAAAUGAAGCUUUCAUUGCUUCCAUGUGAA